AUGGCUGGGGGCAGCUCUGGCGGCGGGGCGCGCGGCGGAGGCGGCAGCGGCGAGUCGGGGAAGUCAGGGGGGCCUGGCGGCGGGCCCCGCAGUGGCGAGUCAGGGGCUGCGGCCAAGGCAGCGGCCAAGAGCCCCUGGCACUGCAAGUCUUGCAGUACGCCUGGCGCCAGAGGCUUCAGGAAGCUCAGCUUAAGGGGCUGCAUGCAGUGCAAGUGGUGCAACAUGCCGAAGAGUUCCCACUUCGGUGGGAAGCCGGCGCAGGCUGCGCCCUCGCGGAACAACGCCGAGGUCAAGCUCGCCCAGGCGCUGGACGAGCUCAAGCAGCUCAAGGCGGCGGCGGCCCAGCCUGGGGCGGGAGGGGGCUCCGCGCCUGGAGGAGGCACGCCCCCCUGGCGUGAGGGCGCAGCGGCGGGGGGCGAGAAGCGCCAGCGCUUGGAGCAGCUGGACAAGCAGCUGGGCGAGAUUCGGCGCUGGGCGGACAUGGAGGACGAGGGGGGCGAACUCGUGGAGGCCGCCCGCAGCAGGAAGGCCACGCUCGAGGCGGAGCGCGAUCAGCUGCGCCAGGAGGUCUUGGUCUUCCAGGCUAAGCCCAAGGACGUGCAGCUCAAUAGCCUCACGGACCAGAUCAAGAAGCUGGAAAAGCAGCAGGAGAAGGGCCGCGGGGAGAUGGUGGCAGUGGCGGCGCAGCAGAAGGAGCUUGACGCCAAGGCCGGAGCGCUGCGCCUGGCGGACGCCGAGCGGGAGGCGAAGCUGGCCGAGCUCAGGGCGGAGCAGGUCGAGGGCCCCGAGCUCUCCGCCAACUUCCUGGGCGAUGUGCUGGGCUCGAUCGGAAUCGAACGGGCUCUGCAUGCGUCGCUGCUGGAGCAGGCGACCAAGGUCGAGCAGCAGCGCCGAGAGGCCAGGGCUACUGAGGCUGCAGCGGCAGCAGCCGCCAGGGCGGCCGAGCGGGUGCGUGCCCCGAUCCCUGGGGAAGGAGUCCCUGCAGGCGGAGAUGCCAUGGGCGACGAGGAGCUGGACGUCGACACGCAGCUCAGCUUCCUCACGAAGGUGGGGGCCGCCCCAGCUGGGGCCGAGGGCACUGAUCGAGCCAUGGCGGGCAGCAGUGGCAAUGGGGUGGCCGACGACAACGAGUUGUACGAGGCCGACGAGCAG